CAGCCCGCGCGCCGCUUCCCGGCGACCUUUGCGGUGGGCCCCGCCUCUGGCCCGGGCCUGGCGGCGAAGAUGGCGGCGGGCACGGGCAAGCACAAGCUGCUGAGCGCCGGCCCCACGGAGCCGUGGUCCGUCCGCGAGAAGCUGUGCCUGGCCUCCUCCGUCAUGCGGAGCGGCGACCAGAACUGGGUGUCAGUCAGCAGGGCCAUCAAGCCCUUUGCCGAGCCGGGCCGCCCACCUGACUGGUUCUCUCAGAAGCACUGCGCAUCUCAGUAUUCGGAACUCCUGGAGACCACAGAGACUCCCAAGAGAAAGCGCGGUGAGAAGGGGGAGGUGGUGGAAACGGUGGAAGAUGUCAUUGUGAGGAAACUGACAGCAGAAAGAGUUGAGGAGUUGAAGAAAAUGAUAAAGGAGACACAGGAGAAGUACAGGCAACUGAAGAAAGAUGCAGAGCUGAUUCAGACUGGGCACAUGGAUAACAGGCUGGAGGACCUGUGCAACGAGAUUAUGAUGAAGAAAAAAAUGGAAGAGGAGGAGGCAGAGGUGAAGAAGAAGGCUACUGAUGCUGCUUAUCAGGCUCGUCAGGCAGUUAAGAACCCGCCACGAAGGUUAACAGGUGUGAUGGUUCGCUCUCCUGCAGGUUCAACCUCCCCAGGAGGGGACUAUGCUCUGGGGGACUUGUCUCAGCCAGCUGUGGAAGAGGCCAGCCCUGGGGUAACUCCAGGGACAUUGCCCAGCACCCCAGUUGCCUCCUUCAUUGGGAUCCCUGACACCCCUCCAGGCUCUGCUUCCCUGGAUGCCCCCAUGACCCCAGUCACUGAUGAUUCACCCCAGAAAAAGAUGCUAGGACAGAAAGCAACUCCGCCUCCUUCCCCUCUGCUCUCAGAGCUGCUGAAGAAGGGCAGUCUCCUGCCCACAAGCCCCAGGCUGGUUGGCGAAAGUGAUAUAGCAGUGGCUUCUGGUCACAUGAACAGCUCCGGCGUCCUCCUGGAGGUAGGAAGUGUCCUUCCAGUGCUGCAUGGUGGGGAUAUGCAGUCGGCAUCUGGUGCUGUCCCUGCAUCUCCUGCUGCCUCAGGUGCUCCUACACUUUCCCGGCUUUUAGAGGCUGGUCCUGCACAGUUCACCACACCUCUUGCUUCCUUCUCUGCUGUUGCCAGUGAACCUCCAGCUAAACUGCUGCCGCCCCCUGUAGAGGCUGUGUCCCAGGCAACCAUUGUCAUGAUGCCCACGCUGUCAGCACCAUCUGUUGUGCCACCAGCUGCAACUCCAGAAAGUGUAGCGACAGUGAGCCAGCCAGAGACCUGUGUUUCCAUGGAGACAGUGUCUGAUCCCCACACAGUGACAGUGUCUAUGGACAGCAGCGAAAUAUCCAUGAUCAUUGAUUCGAUCAAGAAAGAGUGCCUGGCAUCUGGGGCUGGCAGUGCUGCAGGGCCCUCCAAAGAUCACAGCAUGGAUGGGAAAGAAGACCUGGAUCUGGCUGAGAAGAUGGACAUUGCAGUCUCCUACACUGGGGAAGAGCUGGACUUUGAGACUGUUGGGGAUAUUAUAGCCAUCAUUGAGGACAAGGUAGAUGACCAUCCUGAAGUCCUGGAUGUAGCAGCAGUUGAAGCUGCUUUGUCUUUCUGUGAAGAGACUGAUGACCCACAGGCCUUGACUGGCCCAUGGGAGCAUCCAAUCCAGCAAGAGCAUGAGAAACAGACUCAGAUGCCCCAAGUGGCUGUGACUGUGAAGCAAGAAAGGUUGGACUGUGAAGAGGCAGAAACAAAGGGAAUCAGAGACCUCAUGAGCCUUGGAGAGCUGGGGCCAGAAAUAAAGACAGAACCUGCAGAGCAGGAACAGAGCCAGCUGGACCCUGAAGAAGCCACAGUAGCAGUCUCACGGACAGUGGAGAUGCCUGAGCUCAGGAGUAGGGAGACAGACGAGGAGCAGAGAGCAGCUGCUGCUGGAGGAGAGAACUCCGAAACUGAGACCGAGUUAGCAAAGGGGGAUGAAGGAGUGCACAACACGGUGAAGACAGAGGCCCUUCCUGAUGAUGACUCACCACCUCCACAAGUCCCAAAUAUGAAUGAAGAUUCUUCACAGCCUGAUGUUCAGCACAAAUUUGAGCUGUCAGAAUCAAUGAAGGAGGACACCCAAGCGCUGUUUAGAAGCCAGGAGGCUCGGGGGGAAGAGGAUGAUGAGGAUGGUGCCAGUGAGGCUCCCAGUCUGGAGGAGCCCAAGGAGGAAGAUCAGGGUGAGGGGUACCUGUCGGAAAUGGAUAACGAGCCCCCUGUGAGUGAGAGUGAUGAUGGCUUCAGUGUCCAUAAUGCACCUUUGCAGUCUCACACGCUAGCUGACUCCAUUCCCAGCAGCCCUGCUUCCUCACAGUUCUCUGUUUGCAGUGAAGAUCAGGAGGCAAUCCAAGCCCAGAAGAUCUGGAAAAAGGCCAUAAUGCUGGUUUGGAGAGCAGCAGCCAAUCACAGGUAUGCCAAUGUCUUCCUACAGCCUGUGACUGAUGACAUAGCACCAGGCUAUCACAGUAUUGUGCAGAGGCCGAUGGAUUUAUCUACCAUUAAGAAGAACAUUGAGAAUGGGCUCAUCCGAACCACAGCUGAGUUCCAACGUGAUAUAAUGCUAAUGUUCCAGAAUGCAGUCAUGUACAACAGCUCUGACCAUGAUGUGUACCACAUGGCUGUGGAAAUGCAGCGAGAUGUUUUGGAGCAAAUCCAGCAAUUUCUGGCCACACAACUGAUCAUGCAGACGUCAGAGUCCGGGAUCAGUGCAAAGAGCCUGCGUGGGCGAGACUCCACUCGGAAACAAGAUGCUUCGGAGAAGGACAGUGUCCCAAUGGGCUCUCCUGCCUUCCUUCUCUCUCUCUUUGAUGGAGGGACCAGAGGACGUCGCUGUGCCAUUGAGGCAGACAUGAAAAUGAAGAAAUGAGUCUGCAACGGGAAGGCAAGAUCCAGUAUUUGGCAUCCAGAGCUGAAAAGUGAACAAGAUGCCUUCAGUUCCCAGCCAGGGAGGGAACAGCCUGCUUGCACCUUCGGCCCCCUGCAUUGUCACAUGUGGCAAGCAGUGUCCUCUCUGAAUGUGUGAACCUGAAGAGACUUCCCCAGGGGGGAAGACCAGCCCUACUGCCUGUUCUAGGGCAGGAGUCUUGGGCCAUCAGUGUCCUGUGGUAGCUAGCAGCCGGUGGCUAGCAUGUACUGUAAUGUGAAGUGUACAGAUUUUUAGCUAUGAAGUGUAAAUGUGUAUAAUAAAGUGCAGGAGUGAA